ACUACACACCCUGUUGCUUUGAAACAACAUUUGGUAGGACGUGUUGUGUUUUCUGUAUGCAGUUUUGUUUCUAGUUUGGACCAGAAAAGAUGAAUAAGGUGGUUUUGGUGACGGGAGCAAAUAGUGGCAUUGGCCUGGCGCUGUGUGAGCGUCUCCUGCAGGACACGGAGGGUCUCCAGCUGUGUCUGGCCUGCAGGAACAUGCAGCGGGCUCAGGCUGCUCGCUCUGCCCUCCUCACCUCUCACCCCACAGCCAAUGUGGCCUUGCUGCAGAUGGACACCAGCAGCAUCUCCUCCGUCCUCACUGCUGCACAGGAGGUCAAACUCAGGUACAACCGGCUGGACUGUCUUUACCUGAAUGCAGGCAUCAUGCCUAACCCACAGUUUGAUGUAAAUGCAUUUUUCAAAGGCCUCUUCUCCAGCCGUAUUGUCACCAUGUUUGCCACUGGUGAGGGGAUUCUGACGCAGAAGGACUGUGUCACCCCUGAUGGCCUGCAAGAAAUUUUCAUGACAAACCUCUUUGGUCACUUUCUACUAAUCAGGGAGCUGGAACCAGUUCUGUGCCAUGCGGGCCAGACAUCCCAGCUGAUCUGGACCUCCUCCAGUAACGCUCACCGCUCAGCUUUUAACCUUGAAGACAUGCAGCACCAGAGAGGCACACAACCUUAUAGCUCCUCCAAAUAUGCCUCCGACCUGCUCAGCCUGGCGCUCAACACACACUACAACAAACAGGGUUUGUACUCGUCUGUCAUUUGUCCUGGUUUUGUGAUAACCAAGCUGACCUGCGGUAUCCUACCCUCCAUCCCGGCCUUCCUCUGGACCCUGCUGAUGCCCGUCCUUUGGCUUAUAAGGAUGUUCACCAAUAAUUUCACCCUGGCCCCUUAUAAUGGAGCUGAAGCCCUGUUCUGGCUAUUUAAGCAAAAGCCUGAAUCACUGGACCCACAAGCCAAGUAUCAAAGCUUAACAUCUGGGCUAGGCAACAACUACAUACAGCCACGCAAGAUGGAUAUUGAUUUGGACACAUCAGAUGCUUUGUUCAAGAAAUUACUGCAACUAGAAAGUGAAGUAAGAAAGAAAUUGAAGGGAAACAAAAAUAAUCCCAUUAAAUCCACAGUAGUCCUGCAGGACCUGGAUCAUCUUGAUUCAGAUCACACAAUUCUGGGAUGCAGAGUAUUUUAAUCCUGUCUGGUGACCUGGGAGCAGCACUCUAACAAAAAUAGCUGUGUCCUCUGCCUGACACAGCAACGUGCAAGCCUGAAUUCACAGCGCAAAUAAACAAGUUACAGUGAUUUUUAUAAGCAUGAAGUACAAUGUCUGUUAUAGGACACAGAAACAGAAUGAUAUAUGUUGUGAUGAUUUAACAAUAACAUUGAGCAUUGCCUGUUCUCAUCCACUUUUAUCCAUGUGAUUUUAAGUCCAUUCACUCCUUAAAGGAUGAUAUUAUAUGAGGUGAACACACACGUGCAGACAUGGAUGGUAAAGCUAGGUCACCAACUUUUCCUGUGUGGCCCAGGAGGGACUAUGUCCAGUUUGGUUGAUAAUUCCAUGAUCCUCACGGCAAAAAGCAUUGCAGUCUGACAGCAGACUAUCAGUAUCGUCCCAAAAGUUUACAUAAGUGUUCUGCGUGAGCCCCUGUGCGGUGUACGGCGGUGCUGGCAGAUGCGUACAGACGCACCUGAAAUCCCGCUCUGGAGGAUUGGGAGCGCUAACCCAGCAGUCGUCCCCGUGUUCCGCUGCUUGUUUCCCAGCCCCACACUCUUCCUCUGCUCCGCUCAGUUUCGGAUUGCAAAAAGCCCACACCAUCCCGCAGAAAUAGACGAAAAACGUGCCCAUGACCAUGACCAUGAGCGCGUAGGACUCUAUCAUGGCUUUGGUGACUGGAGAUGUCAUUUUCGGAUACGCAGAAAUAAAAAGUUGCCAAAGUGCGUUCGCGAGGGACUGUCGCUUUGGCAUCAUCCGGUGGGUUGAACCACUUCAGCGAUAUCAGUAACGUGAGACAGGAGCAAAAAAUAAGUGACUGCUUUUGUUGCCUCUUUUCUUCUUAAACUAAAUGUACACUAUAAGUUACCAUCACGACAGCAAAUGUCAAAAUGUAUGUGGAACACACCCAUUUUAUGUUAUUAAAUAAAAUUGUAAUUCUUCUUUGUAA